GUUGGCCUCAAGGAGUAAUCCUUUUUAAGUAUAUAUAUAUACCGGUCACUGGAGUCAACUUUGUGGUUUCUGGAACAUCAUGGCUGCAAAACUUCUAUAUUCGUUAGCAGAUGAGAAUCCAGAUUUGCAGAAGCAAAUGGGAUGCAUGGUUGGGGCUUAUCAAAUCUUUGAUAAUCACCAUACGCUUGCCACCAAGCGCCUCGGCCAUGGGAAUCUUCAAGCAGGUAAUUCCCAAUUGAACAAUGGGAUCCAUGAAGGGGAUUCAAAUAAUGCCUUUCAUCGACAAACUGCUACGUCUUUUGAUUUCCAGGAAACGAACAUAAACAGAAGUGGGAGUGAGAAACAAAGGAUUUCGACGGAGUCUUCGAGAGCCUCUUUUUCAUCAUCACGCUCAUCUUCCUUCUCAUCACUGGAGUAUAACAAGACGGCUCAGCAAGAGGUCCCUUUCCCCAAAACUCCUCACAAGGAAAUGGUCAUGGACCAACCAAGUUCUCCGCAUGUAGGGUCUCAGUGCAUCGGCCUUCGAGAUGUGGUCAAGGAGUCGAUGUAUAGAGAAGCCAGAGGACUAUUGGUUCAAACAACAGCCAGAGAGGAUAUAUCGGGUAGUAUGGUGAAGCAUAGAGAUUCGCCGAGGCCAUUUCAGCUUCCUAAAUCAGUAGAUGGGUCUUAUGGUGUCGGGAUCAACGGAAAGCAAAAUGUGAGUGAUGAUUUGAAGGAGUCUCUUAGAGUUCUUGCUAAACUUCGGGAAGCACCUUUGUACUACAAUAAUGAAGCUAGGGAACCUCAAAGAUCAUCACACGAAGCAAAUGGUUCAUGGAACUUGAUUUCAAGGGACGCUAAUGCUCCUCGAUUUUCUUAUGAUGGAAGAGAGGUUAAUCAUUUAUCUUCCGAAUCACGAGACACCUUCAAAUCUGCACCAAAGCUUAAAGUGCUGCCAAGACAUUCUUUGGAUAGUUGUGAAAGGUCAAUGAGGGGUUCAAGUCAUCUUACGGAAAGUUUUCAUAGUAUUGGCAAUUUGGACGGCAGAGUUACUAAUCCGCCACAAUCACUGGGACCCCAGAAGCGCCCUCCUAAUGUUAUAGCUAAGCUGAUGGGCUUGGAGUCGUUACCGAGUUCUUUCUCAGCCGGUGAUGGCCAGUUGGGUGUUAGUAAAACCUGCUCGGUUGAAGAUAACUAUCCUUUCUUACGGUCACUAAGAGCAAAUGAUCCAAGCAGGCCGACCAGAACUAACUCCAUAAGAAGCUCAUUGAAAGACCCAGCAUCACCGCAGUGGAAAAAUCCUGAUUUGAUCAUGAAACCUAUUUCUAGUUCAAGGUUCCCGAUUGAGCCAGCACCAUGGAAACAUGUCGGUGGAAGUCAAGGCUCUCAGAAACACCCUCUGAAACAUGUAAAAGUUCCAGUCAAUAAUCCAAAUACUUUCCCUUCAGUUUAUAGUGAGAUUGGGAACAAAUUGAAAGAUCUGGAGUUUAAACAAUCUGGAAAGGAUCUCAGAGCUCUUAAACAGAUAAUAGAAGCAAUGCAAGCAAAGGGACUCCUUGAGACUCAGAAAGAAGAACAAGCGGAAAACUUGGCGACUCAAAGAGACUAUGAACCAAAAUGUACGAGCCUCAGUCAGAAUCCGAGAGGCCACCAAAGUCCACUGAACACUCUUAUCAACACAUCCCCUAAAAUAGGUUCGGAGUCUAAUAGAACAUAUGAAUGUCCUAUUGUGAUCAUGAAACCUGCAAAACUUCUUGAGAAGGUUGGUAUUCAUGCUUCAAAAGUAAUCCCGAUAGACGAAUUUUCAAGUUUUCCCAAGGUUCAAAGUGGCGGGCCUGUAGAUAACAAAAAAGGUUCGACAAAUGGUCGAGCAGCUCGAGAUUGUACUGCCAGAAACAGUCGUAGUGGUUCUGCUUUCAGCUCUAAGAGAGUUAGUAGCAGGAAUAUUAAGGCCAUACAGUUUUCAAUGAAAUCUCCAAAAGAAAGUACUGCAACUUCAGUAAAGAAUUCAGGACAGGCGAGCCCGAGACUGCAGCCGAAAAAGCUUGAAUCGGAUAGGCGAUCUCGUCCACCUACCGUACCACCUGAUCCAAGCAAACCCAGAAGGCAAUGCCACUGGCAUUUGUCUGAGUCGGGUACCUCUGGUGGUAAACAUAGACCAAAAUCUCCUGACAUGCAGCAGUGUGGUGACCAACUGAGUCAGAUAAGUACAAAAUCGCGGACUUCAAGUCACCAAGGAGGCGACAUUUCUCUGCAGUCAGAAAUCAGUAUUAUCUUGCAGUCAAAGUUAGAUGUGGAAGAACCCAGUCAUGAAAGAUCUGUCCGGAUCAUUGCUAGUCAAAGCCCAUCCGUGAAGGCUCCGAAGUGUUCAAUUUCCAGCAUAAUGCCGAAGAAAUCACAUUUGAGAAUUGUUGAAGAUGAAUUGAUACAAGAACCUGCCGUGGUUGCUCCGGAACAUCCAAGUCCGGUUUCUGUCCUUUACACCUCGUUUUAUAGAGAUUAUGAACCAUCUCCAGUAAAGCAGAUAUCAAACACCUCUGAAGGUAAUGGUGCUGAAGGUUUGAACAAAGAUCAAAAUGACGAGCAAUGCAACCCUGCAGAUAAGUGCACGGCUAACAACGUUGGGUCUGGUCUUACAUCCGAGAUUAAUCGCAAGAAACUAAAGAACAUUGAGCAUUUGGUCCAAAAACUUAGAAGACUGAACUCCGAACAUGAUGAAGCCAGUACGGAUUACAUUGCCUCUCUUUGUGGGAAUACAAAUCCUGAUCACAGAUAUAUUUCUGAAAUAUUAUUAGCCUCUGGUCUUCUACUGAAAGAUCUCGGUUCUGGCUUGACAACAUUUCAGCUCCAUCCAUCAGGCCAUCCCAUCAACCCUGAGCUGUUUUUAGUUUUGGAGCAAACCAUAUCAAGCUCUUUGGUAUUGAAAGAAGAGAGUGAUACCGGAAAUGUUUCCCAUUCAAAGCCGGACCAUGAGAAAUUCCAUCGGAAGCUUAUAUUUGAUUCUGUUAAUGAAAUUCUAGUGGGGAAGUUGGCUCUAUUCGGAGCAUUUCCAGAGCCUACAAUAAUAUUGGGCAAGUUGGCAAAGAAGUCCCUCACUGCACAUCAGCUUCUAAAAGAACUGUGCUUCGAGAUCGAGCAACUUGAAUCCAGGAAAGCAAAGUGUGAACUGGAGGGAAAUGAGGAUGGCCUGAAAAGCAUAUUGUGUGAAGAAGUAAUGAGUCGAUCGGAGAAUUGGACAGAUUUGAAUGGUGAGAUUUCCGGGAUGGUGCUCGAUGUUGAAAGAUUGGUCUUUAAAGAUUUAGUUAAUGAGAUUGUGAUUGGCGAAGAAGGUAGCUUACGAGCCAAGCAAAGCAGACGGCGGCGGCGGCUGUUUUCCAAGUAAACUAUUUGCAAAUGCCUUAUAAUUCUUCUUCAUUCACCCAUUUGUUUUCCUCAUGAAAGCAUAAUAAUAAUUCGAGGAUAAGAAUUAAGGCAGUGGUGUUUUAUAUCAUACUCUCUCAGAUUGUGACAACAUUCAUAUUUGUAUGAAAACCCUUUGUAUAUGAACUAAUGUUAUAUGGUAAUUGUCUCCUCAU